GUGGGAGAGAAAAAGAUCACAUACACAUUCACAGUAUACAAGAGCAUGGGCAACACAUUGCUGUCUGACUUUCCUGUUUGCACUCACAAAAGAACACAGACUACUCCUGUUGCCUAUUUGCAUGUCACUCUGCUGUUGCAUUUUAAAGAGUCAGCAUGAAUUAAAUUUGGCAUCCCCAAAAGAGCUUCUGCUUUUCCUGCCUGGCAAAAGCAGGGUUGUGUGAAUUGGGGGAUACUUUGUUCAUAUUCCCUCAAAGAUCUGUGGUUUGGGAGUUGAUGGCUUGGUUGCUUUGAGAUGACUGCUUUUUCAGUCCUUGGAGGGCUAAGAUAAUGCUGCAACUGCUGAGAAGCAUUUAAGUCAGCCACUGUGAGAAUCACUGCAGCAUGUUUGUGGAGUGAAGUGCAAGGCUUGGAGGGACUCUCCAGUCGUGCCAAAGUGGAAAAGAGCUCAUGCCGUCAACUAGCUGAGCAUGCACAGCUCUGAAAACUCUUCAAAGCUGAAGGGAGACAAGGAGAAAAUGUGUUGACCAGCACCUAAUAACUGAAGCAAGCAGGUGAAGAUGGAGAACAGCACCACUGAUGGACAAAAUGAAACUGAAUACCUGCCCAACCAAGAAGUAGUCACUAUUGAAUAUCAGGUGGUCACCAUCCUUUUGGUUCUCCUCAUCUGUGGGUUAGGUAUUGUGGGCAACAUCAUGGUGGUAAUGGUGGUACUCAGGACCAAGCACAUGAGGACCCCAACCAACUGUUACCUAGUGAGCCUUGCAGUGGCUGAUCUCAUGGUAUUGGUGGCUGCUGGGCUUCCCAACAUCACAGAGAGCAUCUAUGGAUCCUGGGUGUAUGGCUACCUUGGAUGUCUCUGCAUUACUUACUUCCAGUAUCUUGGAAUCAAUGCUUCUUCUUGCUCUAUUACUGCGUUUACUGUUGAGAGAUACAUAGCCAUUUGCCACCCUAUCAAAGCCCAGUUUUUAUGUACUUUCUCUAGAGCCAAAAAGAUAAUCAUCUUUGUCUGGGCAUUCACAUCCAUCUACUGCAUGCUCUGGUUUUUCUUGUUAGACCUCAACACAGUUGUCUACAAAGAGACCACCAUAGUGGCCUGUGGCUAUAAAGUGCCCAGGAGCUACUAUUCUCCAAUCUACAUGAUGGACUUUGGGAUAUUUUAUGUCAUACCAAUGAUAUUAGCUACAGUGCUCUAUGGGUUGAUUGCCAGGAUAUUGUUCCUGAAUCCCAUCUCGUCAGACCCAAAAGAAAAGUCCAAGACAUGGAAGAAUGAUUCUUCUCCCCUGAGCAAGACCAAAACAACCAAUAAAGGUAUCAACAGUGCUGUGGCUUCAAGAAGGCAGGUUACCAAAAUGUUGGCUGUGGUUGUCAUCUUGUUUGCUCUUUUGUGGAUGCCCUACAGAACCCUUGUGGUUAUCAACUCUUUCCUCUCUCACCCUUUCCAAGAAAACUGGUUUUUGCUCUUCUGCAGGAUCUGCAUUUACCUAAAUAGUGCUAUCAACCCUGUGAUUUAUAACCUCAUGUCACAGAAAUUCAGAGCAUCCUUCAGAAAACUCUGCAAAUGCCAGAAGAAGCAGUCAGAGAAGCCCUCCAACUACAGUGUGGCCCUCAACUACAGCGUCAUCAAGGAGACCAAUCAUUUCAACACAGAGCUUGAGGACAUCACUGUCACCGAUGCCUACUUGUCAUCUGCAAAAAUAUCUUUUGAUGAAACAUGUGUGUCCUCUGAGGUGAUGUGAAGGUGGAGGAAGCAUUACCUCCUGCUCUGUUCAGAUUCUUCUACUUCGAUUGAUAUCACAAAAUUAGAUAGUUUCAAACCAAUCUGAUCAUUUUCUAAUAAUAUUUGAUGUGAUAAAGCUGAUUAAUAUCAUGGCUGUUCAUACCUCAUGGAAGCAAUUUUAUGUCAUUACAGAAUUGCUUGCUUUAUGGAAACUAAGAGGCAAAAGGCAAAUGUAUGUACAUACUUACUUCUGUGUUCUAACAUUAGUUUCAAAAUUAUAUGCUAAUGGGGAGGAAUUUUAUUUAUUUAUUUACAGCAUUUGUAUACUGCUUUUCUCACCCCGAGGGGGACUCACUUUCCACUCUUUACCACGGAUUUACUUAGACUGGGUGGUUUUUGAUUAGUAAUCUUAACUCUUUUGCAUAAAUCUUUCUCCCUAAUUUCUAUUACCAGAAAUGGAGAUAGGGAGGGAUGGGAUUUUUUGUGCCUUGGGGCUACUAUGAGUCAGAAAAAAAAAUGUAAAGCUGGCAACAGUAACUUUCCUUUCCAAACUGUCCCACAGUCCCACACGUAUGAGAAUCACAGUGAAUUUGAAAUGACAGUACAGGCUUAUAGCACUAUGGUACUGCUUUAACUGCCAUGGAUCCAUCUUCUGGAAUGCUGGGUUAUAGAGUUUGGUGAAGCUUGGAGUAUUCUGACCAAGGAUUCUAAGUACUCCUCCCUAAAUGUCAAAUUUAAACGAUAGUUAAAAUAGAGUCCUAAUACAAUAAUUGUAUAGUGUGAAAGGGUCCCUAGAUCACAUGCAUGCUUUGCUUGCAGUUGGAUGGGCACUCAACAAUUUGGCUCUUCUCAGACAUCUGGUGGUUCAGGCUGAAAAUCCUAUCAGCCAGAUGAGUAUUUAUAAAAUUCCUAUGUCAGAUUAAUCUCAUCCUAUACCAGCUGGUGGCUCCUGUGUCAAUGAACUGUAACUCUCCUUCAGGUUUACAACCAACUUUAAAGGAGCUUUUCAACAUGUUAAACCUAUAGUGGGUCCUUGGUUUCCAUCCAAGUUUAAUUCCAGGACCCCUUUGAUGCCAAAAUCUUUGGAUGUUCAAACCUCAUUAUAUAAAAUGAGAUUCCUUAUAUUAAAUGUAAAACAACUCAAAUGAGUGCCAGAGAGAGCCUUGAGAUCUAUGAAAUGGUUGGAUGAUACAGCAGGAUAGUAUGUAGCAAAUCAAAAUUUAGGUGGGGUUUUUUUUUUGGAUUUUUCCUCUGAAUAUUUUUCAGCAUUCGUUAGUUGAAUGUGUAAAUGUAGAACCUCUGGAUACAGUGGGCCAACUAUAUUUAGAAUGGUAGGAUUCAGAAUGAAGGAGCAGGGGGUGGUGAUGGCUGACAGGGAGCUCUGGUGUGGGCUGGUCCAUGAGGUCACGAAGAGUCGGAGACGACUGAACGAAUGAACAACAAAGGAUUCAGUACCUUGGACAGCUUCAUUAAAGUCCAAUAUUCCAAGUAGAUUUACUGAUGUGUUAACAAUCAGUUAUAAAUGUAUUUAUUAAAAUAAUUUAUGAAUGGUCCUAUAUCCUUGUAGAUACCAUAUUAGUAUAUAGCCAGCAUCACUUGAAUACUGCAAUGAUCAAUGAUUUCCUUAAUGUUGGUACUCCCUCUACCAAAUCAUGUCAUACUGUUAUUGUGUUCGUAGUUGCUGUAUUUAAUUCAUCACUAAGUAAUCAAUCUUCUGCUGCUCACCCUCCCCAUAUUUUGGUCUACCCUAGGAGAGCAUAAAUAUGGUUUCUGAUUUAUGAUGACCAUCAAGGUAGGCCCACCAGCUUGGUGUAACUUACACAAAUUAUCCUUUACUAGUAUAGCUUUUGAAAGUUCAGUGUCAUCUCCAAACAAUAAUGCAGAAUCAGAGUAAAUGCAACCAUUUCGAAUGAUUAUAUAGUGUACUACAAGCACAAAACCAAUACAAAGUAUGCAUACGUAAUCCUAAAAUAUGAGAGAUGGAAGUAUGAGUCAUUUGCACUUUCUUGCCACCUGUGACUUAAUUAUUGGGGCUAGUCUAAAUUCUCAGGCCACAAUAUUCAUAAUGCUAGUCAUUUGCAUGUAAAUAAUUUGUUUUAAAAUUGCAAUGUGGAGGGGAUUAAUUCUUCCCUUCUGGGUUGAACUCCCAAUGAAAAUUGACCCAUUCCAUGAAGAUACCAUUUGGUAUGAAAUCAUCUGGUGUGAUAGCAUGGCAUAGUGGUUUGUGUUUUGGACAAUGACUCUGGAGACAAGGGUUUGAAUCCCUUCUCAGCCAUAGAAAUCAACUGGGUACCCUUUGGCAAGUCACACACUCUAAUCCCAGAAAACUUAUGAUAAGUUUGCUUUAGGAUUACUAUAAAUCAGAAACAACAUGAAGGCAGACAACAGUAGCAGCUGCUGCUGCAGCAGCAGCAACAACCAUAUGAAGUAAAUCUUCCAUUUGCAUCAGUGGAACCUAAUAGUUGGGUGUCUGCUUUCUUCUUUCUUUUUCUACUCUCAGUUUGUGCACUGAUUCUGCAAACAUGUGGGUACGUACACAGACACACAGACCAGGGGAAAUUGUAUGGAUAUUUGUCCAAUCAAAAGGACUCAGAGGACAAGAAAAGGUCUGUGAAGCUGGAGGAAAUGAAUGUUCUUGAUAGAGAAGCAAACAUUUACUCUCAGCAUAUGUUGGAUUUUCUUCAAGAUUAAAAAAAAGUGUUCACAGAAAUAUUAUCCUCCUGGAUUUGAAUAUAUACAGUCUAACAAUCCACUAUUGCAUUCUUCACAUGUAACAGUAUUUUAUAAAGAUUAAAUUAUAAUUACAGAGAGAUCUCAAGAGCAGAAUCAGUGUAAUAGCUUUUCAUUCCAAAGGAAAUGGCACAGUAAAAUUUAAUUUUCUCAAUGGUGCAGUGUAUUCUGAACUGUUCCUUGGAAGCCGGAAAAGGGAUCAAGGGUCUGUUACAUCUUCACUCUCUCCUUGUGUGCUGUUUGAUCAUUCACUUCUUCAUUGUAAUUGGUUUGGUUAUGAGAUAUUAGACUAAAUGUCUUGAAUUUCAAAUAGUUUUGGAUUCUUUUUUGAAAAAAAUGUUUUAAAGUGCCAUGCCCUGAAUUGUUCACAUUUAGGCCAAAAU